CAAGAUAGUGAACCAAAGAACUUUUUGCAAAUAACAAAGGCGUGCAAUUUUGAAUGGCUGGACAUCCAGCACUGCUGGAGAGGAGUUAGAUCCCGCUGGCCUCACCCUCGUCUGUCAGCUCUCGCUUCUCGCUGGCCUCCCCUCUCAGUCCGAAGCUCAUCAUAUACUCAUCUGAAGCUCAACACUCAGACGAAUGAGUGACCCACUCGCUUCCCUCACGAAUCAGUAAACUCUCUGCUGUGUUAUCUGGUUCCAGAAACUACUAACUGGUGAAGCUCCUUUCCAAACUCGAAGUCAUGGAUGCUGGCCAGUGGGUACAUAAAAGAGCAGGCUACCAUUUAGGGAGAUGAUGAUGUCUACCGGACUUAUUUUGUUUGCUUCUUAUACUCCUAAAAUUUCCGUUACCAUAAAGAGUCAUCGUAGAUUAUCAUCAAAUAUAUUUUACGGAAAUUUCACUAAAGCAAGAAAAUUAUUUGCUUACAAUCAGAAGCAACAACUGAAUAGAAAACAUGUGACGGUUGCUGCACGAUAUCUUCCUCCUUUGUUCAGUGUUGCUCCAAUGAUGGAUUGGACAGAUAAUCAUUAUAGGACACUUGCCCGGCUCAUUUCCAAACAUGCUUGGCUCUAUACAGAAAUGCUGACUGCAAAAACAAUUGUUAAUCAGAAAGGAAGUUUGGACAAAUUCUUGGCGUAUACUUCGGAACAACACCCUGUUGUUCUUCAAAUUGGGGGAAGUAAUUUGGAAGACCUCGCAAAAGCAGCUGAACUAGCAAAUGCUUACUGCUACGAUGAGAUUAAUUUUAACUGUGGAUGUCCUAGCCCAAAGGUUGCUGGACACGGGUGUUUUGGUGUGCGUCUUAUGCUUGAUCCAGAGUUUGUUGCUGAGGCUAUGUCAGUGAUUGCUGCCAACUCAGAUGCUCCCGUCAGCGUUAAGUGCCGAAUUGGUGUUGAUGAUCAUGAUUCAUAUAAUGAGCUCUGUGAAUUUAUUUAUAAGGUUUCUUCUCGAUCACCAACUAGGCAUUUUAUUAUACAUUCGCGAAAGGCAUUGCUCAAUGGCAUUAGCCCAGCCGAUAAUCGAAAAAUCCCUCCCUUGAAAUAUGAAUACUACUACGCCCUCUUGCGUGACUUUCCAGACUUGAGGCUUACAAUUAAUGGAGGCAUAAAUGGCGUUGAUGAGGUGACUGCUAUUUUGGUCUGGCAAACUUGAAAUAUAACUCAGUGUGUUGUGGCUAAGCCUUAUAAGGUGA